CCCACUCCAACACUACCCCUCACCCCCUCUCUCCUUCCCUGUCACAGAAGAAAUCCUAACCCUAAAAAAGGAAAAGAAAGAAAAAAUGUUGGAGCUAAGGCUGGUACAAGGGUCUCUUCUGAAGAAAGUUUUAGAGGCAAUCAAGGACCUGGUCAACGAUGCAAACUUUGACUGCUCGUCCUCUGGGUUCUCUCUCCAGGCCAUGGAUUCCAGCCACGUUGCCCUGGUGGCUCUACUCCUCAGAUCGGAGGGUUUCGAACACUACCGCUGUGACCGUAACAUGUCAAUGGGCAUGAAUCUUGGUAACAUGUCUAAGAUGCUGAAGUGUGCUGGAAACGAUGACAUCAUCACCAUUAAAGGCGAUGAUGGUAGCGAUACAGUAACUUUCAUGUUUGAAAGUCCCACACAAGACAAAAUUGCUGAUUUUGAGAUGAAACUGAUGGACAUCGAUAGUGAGCACCUAGGAAUCCCGGAGGCGGAAUACCAUGCUAUUGUUACGAUGCCUUCAGCCGAGUUUUCAAGGAUUUGUAAAGAUCUUUCUAGCAUUGGUGAUACAGUUGUGAUCUCCGUGACAAAGGAGGGUGUUAAGUUUUCUACAAGAGGUGAUAUUGGAACUGCAAAUAUUGUCCUCAGGCAAAACACCACAGUUGAUAAGCCGGAAGAUGCCACUGUCAUUGAGAUGAACGAGCCAGUGUCAUUGACAUUUGCACUGAGGUACAUGAACUCCUUCACGAAGGCAACCCCAUUGUCAAACACAGUUAAAAUCAGCUUGUCUUCAGAGCUACCUGUUGUGGUUGAGUACAAAAUCGCUGAAAUGGGUUACGUCAGAUACUACUUGGCUCCAAAGAUAGAAGAGGACGAGGAUGAGAAUGAGACUAAACCUCAAGUUUAAUGUUAUUUAUUUCCUUGUUCACUGAAAUCACCUUGUAGGUCUGGAAAUCGUUUUCAGGAUGUUUAUCAUUUUCACCAAUGGCUUUCAUGCAGGGAGCCAGUCCCUUCCUAGUAAUUAGAUGUCUCUAAAGUUUCUUUCAGCGCGAUUACUGAGAUUUUUAGAUGGUUGUGUGAUAAACAGUCAUUUACAUUUUCCAACGUAGGAUUCUCACUGGUUUGUUCGUA